AUGCGCAUCUACGGCUUCACAAGCGGACACACAAUGGGGAGAAGCCAUACAUGUGACGUCUGCCCUGCAAAGUUCCGCCGGAGCAGUGACAUGCAGCGCCAUGUCACUGUAAUUGUGUAUAAGAGGACACGCACCGGUGAGAAGCCAUACAAGUGUGACCUCUGUCCUGCAGAGUUCAUCCAGAGUACGCACCUGCAGCAUCACAAGAAGAAACACAUGGGCGAGAAGCCAUGCAAGUGCGAUGUCUGCCCUGCAGAGUUCAUCCAGAGAAGUAACCUGCAGUGUCAUAAGAGGACACACACUGGUGAGAAGCCAUACAAGUGUGGUGUCUGCCCUGCGGAGUUCAGCCGGAGCGGGCACCUACGGGACCACAAGCGGACACACACUUGA